AUGCCAGCGUCGAGAUGGAAUGCGCUUUUCGACGUUGCCCCAAAGAAGGACCCUGACACGACCACACCGACUUCCACUCCCUCACCUACGGCAUUCCGGACAGCGCCUUUCCCUCUUCGUUGGACGGAUGGCUCAUCAGCCAUGGCAUUCACAGCUGAUGGCAGCGGAAUUGCGGAGGUAGCAGAUGGAAAGCUGCUGCUUGACCUGCUCGAACAGUACAAGACCCUGGCAUCCUCUGGCUUUCCAUCCGUAGAGCAGGCGGCAGACGGAGUCGAUUCUUAUCAGCAUCUGGAAGCGCAUCUCACCCACUUCAGUCAGCGCCUUGUGCGCGAUGAAUCAAAACGGACCCUUUUUGCUACCUCGCCCGACUUUUCCACUGUGAUAGAAGCCCUCGCCGCUUUCUUCCCGCUCUUUCAACAGAGUCAAGAAGUUCGCCCACCGUCACCCAAGCUCCGAGAUCAGGAUGCCGUCAGGGAUGAUCUCAGAGAAACGCCCGCCGAUCACCAGGACACGCUCAAACAUCCGUAUCAGCGCGCGUGUGGUAUCGCAACCCUUUUGUUUCGCGUCAUUCGCAAUGCUAUGGCAGGUUGCUCUGACGCCCAGGAUCGUUUGUGCCAACGUUUCGAUGUGCUGGCCCCCUUCCUGGACAAUAUUACGCGCUACCACACCCUGAACGAUCCCGAUGCAACGCUCUUAGCUCGAUCGGCAGUGCAGAUGCUGUCCAACCUCAUCACCGCCAAUCGCCAGGUUCAGCGUCAAAUGUGGCCUCGCAUCGUCGCUGCCCCAAGGGAACAAGAAAGGCUCUCGCUCAAGUUCCUUUCAUCGCCGGACACGGCGACGCAGAGUGCAGCGCAGAUCUUGCUCAUCAACUUUCUUCGAACGCCCUCGUGGAAUCAGGACGCUCACGAGCGCUGCUACGAGUUAUGUACGUCAGUCGCAGGUCGACAGCUUGUCGAAUCGCUGCUCAGCACCUCUGAGAGCAUCAUGCUACGGACCGCCUCAGCGAAGCCAGACGAGCCUGUCCAGGAACAAGAGCCGGACUCCGAGAUCCAGGGACUCGUAGAAUCACUCGGCUUCGUGUACACCAUCUUUGCCACGCUCUUCGAACGUGGUUGCACUUCACUCGUCCUGUCUUCACUCGCACCGAUUGACGAGAUCUCUUCGUCGCACUCGUCUCCUUCAGAAUCUGAUCUCCCGGUCAUCUCAAGCUCGCAGCUUACUCUCCUCAAGCUGCUCGACAGCUGGCUCCACCUUCAGCAAAAGCUGGUGGCCGAGACAGCCUCCGCUUCGACAGAGCAAGGCGCUUCUCCACGGGUUCUCGAGUUUUUGGAAGCACCAUCAAGCUUUAGUAACGUCGAAGCCAAGUUACUCAGAAAAGCAGGCCUUGCAGGCCUACUCGACGCUUUCUUGAGCCUAUCCCGCUUUGCCCGCAGUGCCAUGGCGCGCGGAAUAGCCAGAAAUGGCACAUCGCCGGAUCAGCAGCCGCAGGAUCGAAGGCUUAUCGGCGUCCACCAUGGCCUGCUUUUGCUCUUGCAGAGUCUUCUGUCCAUAGGCAUGACUGCCGACGGGUGGAGUGACGAAGGCACAUUCUCAUCUGCAACGGCACAUUCGACGCGAAGCUUUGUCGAUGUCGCGCGUGCUCUGUUGUCACAGAUGCGUAGCAAUCACGAAUUCGUUGACGAGCUGGUGGAGCUUCUCGACGAAACGCACCAGUACGCCCCCGCGUUGUCUCCUUUCCGGCGCGCAGGUGCAGCGACCGACGGAACAGAUUCAUCCGAGACCGAUGAGCAACGGCCACUUCCGCAAGGUCACGCGCUGUCAUCCACCGGUCGAGCUGCUCACGAAGCCAAAGAUGCCCAACCGAGCUACGGCUUUGACCACCUGAAACGCGACAUCGUACGAGUACUCGGCUCACUGGUGUACGCGCCGACGCGUGCUGCCAAAAGUGAUGCAGAUGCUUCCUCGAGCGACCAGAAUGGCGUCGAUGCCCAUCAGUCAACGCAUACGAAGGAUCAAAUCCGGGAAGUACAAGAUCGUGUCAGAGAAAAAGGUGGACUGUUCCACGUCCUCAACAUGACGGUGCUGGACGAGCGUAAUCCCUGUAAGUCUGAUGUGCAUCCUAUGCGAUGUUGUCGAUGA